GUGGAAACACCUGUUGCUCGUUGUCUGCUCCUUCUCAAGCCACAAACACGCAGUAAUUACAGCCCACUGGGACAAAAACAUGUCACAGCUUCUCAGACUCCCAAUAAACGUGAAUAACUUGUUUUGUUAAAGAAGGAAAGGGGACAUUUUUAAACUAUUAAACCAUAUUUUAAAUGUAGAUUACCUUUACUCUCUGUCUUCCCCCCACCCCAAAUUAUUUAUCCAUUGAUUCAUUCUGAGCUUUUAAAUCCUCAAAUCCUUUCCAAGAUCGUCUAUGCUCAGAAAAAUAACAGAUUAAUUUCGAUCCAGCAUGUCCGUGUGCGCGCUUUUACGCACACUCGCUCUCUUCCAGGAGAGAGACUUUCAAUUACCAACAUCAGCAGCCAGACUGACACCUGCAGCCGCAGUCGCUCCACAGCAUCGAGGAUCCUCACUCUGGCUUCUCCUCCACUCUUACCCAGAAGAGGUUUAGGCACCACCAGGAAAGCAAAUCGUUCCUCAAGAGGUUUUCUUACUGCAAACAACUAAAUUCCUCCAACUACGAUUUCAGUUAUCGCUGUAAGAUUAGCGGUAUUUUUGUCAUCAUGUGGCCCCUGAUGCAUUUUCUGAGGGAAACCGGUACUUCUUAAUGCUUCUUAACUUGGAUUCACUUUUGAUUUUUUUCCGAUGGAUUUCUUGAACCUCUCCAAUUUUUCUCUCGAGGACAACAAUUCAACGACAGCAGGUAGGAAGAGUUUACAGCGCACGGUUAUGUGAUGCAGCCUCAUUUACCUCCUAAAGGCAUCAUUCAAAAGUGCAACAAAUGCUGCUUUUAUUUAUCUCCACUCUAUUUUGGAAAGUUAUCUCAUAUCCUUUAAAAAUCAUCCUAUUACUUGUCUUCAAAUUUAACCUGCAGUGAAAUUUUUAAACUUCUUCAUGUUUGAGAAAAAUUAGAGUAUUGAUAAUGAUUUCUACUCUGAUUUUGAUGGAGAAAUUGUGUCAAAAUGUCAGUUUAUUUUUUGUUUAAAAUGUUACUUUACUUAAGAGAAAAUAACAUUUAAAAUACAUCACAAGUCUCCCCUCUUUAAUUAUUAUCCUCUGUUGUGUUAUCAAUAAUUGCUUCCAGGGCAGAGGCACAGAAAAAUCAGGAUUUCUAUGUGUGUGACUUGUGCCCUGCAAUCAAUUAUUUCCUGAAUGAAAGAGUCUGGAAGCCAGAUGGCAGAAAUUUCAAAGGGGUUUCUGUCUGGUAAUGGACUUGCCCACAUAAUAAUCCCCUGACAGAACUUGUAUUGUUAAUACUCGGCUGCCCUGCAACUCUGGCAUGAGGACUGCAUUACAAGCUGUGUAUACUGAUGGAGUUUAUGCUGUAAAAGCAGCAUAGCUACAUAAAAUGUGCUAUCUAGUACAAUAAACAGUAACAUAUUAUUUUUAUUUCUUGUCUCCAGCUGUAGAUGGGAGACUUCAUUGCAGCUCCAUCCUCCAUGUCUUCUCUGGCAUCAUCUGCUUUUUUGGUAUCACAGGAAACUGUAUUGUCAUCUACACCAUCAUGAAGAAGACCAAGUGUCGUGCCAAACAAACUGUUCCGGAUAUAUUUAUCUUAAAUUUAUCACUUGUUGAUCUCUUGUUUCUACUCGGGAUGCCGUUCCUCAUCCACCAGUUGCUGGGCAACGGUACCUGGCACUUUGGAGCUGCGAUGUGUACGGUCAUCACUGCGCUGGACUCUAACAGCCAAAUUGUUAGUACUUACAUUCUCACUGCAAUGACACUUGAUCGUUACUUGGCUACGGUCCAUCCCAUCCGCUUCAACCACAUCCGCACGCCUUGUGUGGCGGCACUGGUGAUCGCUCUAGUGUGGGGUCUGUCUCUUCUCACUAUCAUCCCCGUGUGGAUGUACGCCGGCCUGAUGACUCUACCCGACGGAAUGGUGGCCUGUGCUCUCCUCCUCCCUGACCCCGUCACUGACACAUAUUGGUUUACGCUCUACCAGUUCUUCUUGGCAUUCGCCAUACCUCUGGUCAUCAUCUGCUUGGUGUUCUUCAAGAUCCUGCACCACAUGUCGACGAGCGUGGCCCCCCUGCCUCCUCGAAGUUUGAGGGUAAGAACCAGGAAGGUGACCCGGAUGGCGGUGGCCAUCUGUCUGGCUUUCUUCAUCUGCUGGGCCCCUUACUACAUCCUUCAGUUGGUCCACCUUGGUGUGAGGAAGCCAAGCCUGGCCUUCUCCUAUGCCUACAACAUAGCCAUUAGUAUGGGCUAUGCCAACAGUUGCAUCAACCCAUUCCUCUACAUUAUCCUCAGUGAGACUUUCAAGAGACAGUUUUACCGGGCGGUUCAGCCAUUAAAUAGAAAAUUCCGUGUGAACCCCAGCACGACAGAUGGUGGAAGCGUGAGCGUAAGAAUGAUACCUGAGGGGGCUCGGCAAGAACCAGCCUCUGAAGAGCUGAUACCAUCUAAUGCGGCGCCACAAUGAAAAAGAAUAAGAGAAGAAGUUUGGAAAUAUUCAUGUACAUCUCAAUGAAUGGAAAAAAAGGGCUAAAAUUAAGAUGCAAAUGCUUCUAUGUCUGCAUGUAAGCUCCAGAUAUCAGAUAUUAUACUUUUAAUUGACAUGAGUGAACAUGCUGUAAAAUCAAAAAGCAGGAAAGUCUUUUCUUAGUGGAGAUAACUAAUGUCUGACUUCUUCAUCUUGAAAAGGAAAGUAAAGAAAAUCAGAUGUUUUGCUGCUGGAUGUGAUCAGUCAGACAAGAUAUGUUUCUGUCUGGAGUAGGAUCCGACCCUAGACUGGUUUGGUCAUAUGGAGCUGUAGACUUUGAAGCCAUUCCUGCUUUUCAGCCUUUCAGUCAACCUGAUGAUGUGGGUGGAAUUAACAGCUUGAACUCAGACAAGUCCUGUGAAGGGAGUCGACUCACUCAGUCACUUUAGGUCACUUGGUCUAUGCUCAAGUCUCUCAACAUGAUAAAGUACCUCUGUUGAGCUUGGAUGAGGUCACACGGCACACUGAGAAAGCAGCAAGACAUUUAUUAUUACCAUGGUAAAGAUGAUUGAAAAUCUUCUCUUCAAUGUGAAAUCUGGACACGACUUCGUAAAAGGAAGGCUGUUCAAACUCUGUGACUGACUGUUAGUGAUUGAUCUGGGUGGACAGUGAGUCUGAUGCAGUUUGAAGGCAGGAGCCAUUGUUUGGUGAAAGUGUCAAAGAAAUUAGUACUCACAAUAACAGGUUAAAGUCUGUUGUAAAUAAUUACAUCCAAUUAUGAUGACUGUGUGGGGACCAAUGCUGCUUUCUAGUUGUACCCGGAAGUCAGGAUUUCUGAGCUCCAAGUCGGGAAUUAAUCUUGAACGCCCCACUGAAGUCAGAUUUCUGCACCUUACCAACCCCAACUUGACUACGUCAUACUCCAAGAUAGCAGUUCAUCAACAGUGAAAACUCUCAUAAUGUAUUAUUUAUUAGCACUUCUGUUUUGUUUUUGUGAAAUUAAGUAAGUGGUUUAUGUUGUACUGCCCGAUGUCUAACUGUGAACACAGUGCUAUGGUGUUUGUAAGAGUAAAAUACUGUGUUAUGCUUGUUUACAACUGGUAUAACUAACAACAACUAACAACAAUUAAAAACAACUGACAACAGCUAACAAUUGUUAACAUCUAACAAUGGCUAACUGUGGGCGUCUAUCUUAGUUUUCCGACUUGUUUACUGGAAUGCCGUCAACUCGGGUGUAACGUCACUCCCAGCUCCGACUUCCGAGGAAACUGGAACGCAGCAUAAGAUGAACAAGGGCGACACACAAGGUGGCAAAUACCCCUGCAAACAUUCACUGAAAUCUCCCCACAGUACACAGCAGUCACAGCUGAGAUUUGAGGGUAGAUGGCCGACAAGCUGGAUGAUAGGAAAAUGUUUGACAUGGACUAUAAGCUUUUGAGACACUUGCACAGACAUUACUGAGGUUUAUAUUAUCUUAUUAGGUGGUUUCAUUUGUUUGUGGUUUAUGUGAACAUGCAACUUCAGAGAAUCACAAGGAUGAGAGGGGAAGUCUGGAGAUAAUGAACAGGAUUAUAAAAUGUGAAACACAUGGAUGCCUCAGACAGUAAUGGAAUGAAAGAAAACUCUUCGUGUGUAACGCAUCAGUAUUUUCAAGACCUAUCUCUGCUUGUGAAAUAAAAGUAACAAUGCAUGUCAUGAAAAUGUAGAUCGUAUCCCGUCACACUGUGAUAACUGCAGCUCGAGUGCAGAGUGAUCGUGUUAACAUUCAGCACUUCACAUUAACUUUUACUCUGUAAAAAUGCUUCGCAAUGGAGGGAUUGACUUCAAAUCAGGGAUGAUUGAAAAGACUAUUGUGUUCAUGUUAACUCCUCGCUAUUGUAUCAAACUGUGAUGUUGACGAUGUAGUUUAUUUGUGCUAAAUUUGGACGAAUGAGAAUACAAAUUAGAAAUGAAGGGAGAUUGCUUCUUGUGUUAUUGUUACUCUGUGUUCCUUUCAGCUGUGUUUAAGUCAUUGAAGCAUUUUCUAAUAUUGUGUGGGCUUUCUGUCCUGCUUUUAUGUUUCAGACAAAAAAAAAGAAAAAAAGAGUUAUCUGAGUGCAAUGAAAAAUGAGGUAAAAUUAUGCACAAAAAUGGCCCGAGCACAAAAAAGGGCUUUCUGAAGGGUGUAAGGGAUAAUUUUGAGUUUACAAAGCAACUCUGAGGGCUUGUGGUGUGAUAAUCAUGACAGUGUUCGCUUUAAACACUUGCAUGCCUCAGACUUUGGUCCAGCCAGAACAGUAUCAUUAAUUUUCAUGCCGAGGAAACUUAUUGUUAUUCAUCUUAAAAUAUUCGUACACGUCUGGAAGAAAAGAAAAGUGACGCAGUUCUUUUUCAACCAGAAUAUCAUUACACAAACACCCCCAAACUUAACGCUUAAUGUUUCUGCCAGAAAAAUCACCGCACUACAGUCUCCUCCUGGGGGGAUAGACUUCUGUUUAUGGAGUUUUAAAAGUUGCUGCUAUAUAAGAUUGCAUCAAUCUUACAGUCUGAGCCGUAAGCAGAGGAUGACUGUUGUGUUCUGGUUUUCCAAGAGUCCCUGAGGGUCCACAGAGUGAUCACUGUUAUCCUGAAUAAACAAGCUAAUUAUCUUGUGCCCACAUUGGCCUUGCUUAUUAUCCCACAAGCAAUCAACUGCUAAGAUUUGUCAUAUGGUGCCAUUAUUUACUGCUGAUUAUUAUGAAGAUGUGUUUUCAUGGGCGUUAUUUUGUGUGUCAUGUAAGCGCCACGCUGGGCAGAGUUAAGGGUUGCGCUCUAUUUAGUGGGGAUCCCUGAUAAGCUUCUUAUGUUGUUAUCAGGGGGAACUGCAUGUUGGAGCCUGUUAUGCUUGGUUCAUCACACACAGGGAAAGAGAUUGUACAAGUCUACAGCUUUUGCAAACACCAGAUAAAAGCGAACCACCAAACUUAUCUUGCAAAGUUCUGUAUGAUUGAGCUAGUGUCUAAUCUUGGGGAAAAAAAGAGGUAUUAUUCCAGUAAAAGCACUGUCCAUAUUGUACUGAUGCAAAGUUCUGCUGUAUUUAUGUAAAGUGAUGAUGAAAUGUCUCCAUCACGGAAUAAAAAACACACAGUCUUUCAUCUUUCAAGGUUUUAUCCCACUUACAAGAGCUGAAAAAAUCUUACAAAGUAAACCACUCGGUGUAAUCGAGUUCUCAUUCAAAUGCUCUAUUUUUCCACGGUGCCUAAAAGCAGGCAAGAACACCUCUGAGGAAUCUGAUCCGAGACAAAGCUAAGACGUUUUCUAUCCAUCCACCUGUUUAUUACACUUCACUCUGCGCAGUUUCAACAAAGAGGAUGAGGGAGGAGAAACUCUGGUGUCUGUUAUUCUCAAAAAAAAAGCUUUGUGUCCUAAUGUGCAGUUUUGCCUUGUUGACAAUCAAUUGUGGGAUUUUUCUCUGUUCUGUGCAAUUACAGAUGAAUAAAAUAAUAUGUAUACUGUUGCAAAAAGGCUUGAAAAAUGGUUUGAAACAAUUUUACAAAUGUCUGCCUUCUGAUUUGAUCCACAGUCCAUCUCUACUCCACCGUGAAAUGAUGCAUUUCCUUCUGAUUGUCACCAAAGUUUCUUGCUUUGAGUAUCAGCCAUGUUGUGUCUAAACUGCAACACAGCUCCUCGCCACAAGCCAGGGCUGUAGCUCCGGUUACAGGUGAACGGUAUGAUGCUUUAUUUGCCUGAAAAGAUGAGGUAAGGCAAAGUAAGUCUGUGUGUUGAAUUUCUGUCAUGGUGCCUGUUGUUUUAAUGCUGGGGCCUUAAGCAGGUCAGAGGGAGACAGGCAACUUCUGAGGAUCAAUACCCUUCGGCUGCCAGAUGCCAGAGAAAUGAUAUAAGUUUGAAGCACCAGGGAAUGAAGAUAGCUGAGCGUGACGAAGGUUUCUGUGAGAGUGAACAGAUUUUAGGGGACUCCAGGGCAUGAGUAUGUUGGGUAGGAGUUUCUCCUCUGGUGUAAAGGUAAGUUUGUUCUCUCUGGUGUAUGUGAUUAUCUGGGAAAACUGAGUAAAAGAGAAAAGAACAGGAAAGACAACAAGCUCAAGAAAAGUUCACAUUAAACUUCUUACUUAUUUAUGUUGGCUUUUAGUGGCAAAAAAAAAAGAUCAAUACAUCUGAGGACAAAUUUGGACCUGAAACAAAGUAUUUAGUUAAAGGCAUGGUUGACGAUUGACAACACUGCCUUUAAUUUCAUAAAUUAACAUAACAGCGUGGUAUUAACUCAGACUUAUGGAAUGGAUGUUUGUCCAAAAUCACUUUAAAAUAUUAACAAAAGGAAAUGUGCAAAAUGAAAAAAAACAAAAAAACAAAUACAGCUUUGGCAGCCUGUUGCAACACAACACAAACAGAUGGUUGUCACACAAGUGAUAAUCAUCUGACAAGGCGAUUGUGUUUGACAGUCUUUUGUAAGUAAUCGAGUGCUGCCAGUCCCCCAAAAAUAACCAUUAUUGGCGCAUGAUUUUUCUAACACAAAAAGAGGUUGGAAGAAGUUUAAUAUUGACAUGGGGGGUAAGAGCAGUACAGCUAAGUGCUUAAAGACCCACUCUGAUGAAAAUCAUGUUUUUCUUGUUGUCUACAUGUUCAUAUGGCAUUUUUCUGAUGCUACAGGACGUAUCAUGAGAAAACUAAGUGCAAAAUUGCAUUUCGGAGUAUUUCUGCAUUCAAAUCACUGUGAAUCUCUGGCAGACACAAAUGGCAGGUUCAGAUUCAGUGAGAUUUCCUACAUAGCAAAUCCAAGCUCCGCCCCUGGAGCCCCGCUAUGCAGGCCACUCUCCAAAAACUAGAGAGGACAAUCACGGAACAAGCACGUGCAUUGGCGGUUUGCAAUGAUCAUGCCCCCAAAGACAUUUGUGUCUGAGAGCUGAAUAGCUGCUAUGUUACCUGCCACUUCUACUAUACUGGCAAUGUUAGGCUUCAAGCAAGCAUAAAGAGGAGUGUGUCUCCAUCCACGACUCAGAGACGAAUUGCUAAUGAGCUCUGCAGAAGAAAAGCUCCUGAAAAUGACACAGGUAACAUGAUUUUCAUCAUCACAAUUUAAAGACCACUGAGAACACUUUAAGUCAUAAAAACAAACAAAUAAAAGAGAUUGGAGUUGGACUUUAAAACAUAACCACCACUAAGUUUUAACAAACACCUUGGUGGUGCAGCUUGGACACAUCCUCAGUGAUGAACCCAGGGUCACGGGGUGUUUCGGGUCUUAGAUCAUCAGACACCCUCACCUGGGCGACCCAGCCGGGGCUGAUCAGACCCCGACUUGUGUCCAAGCAGCGCGCUAAACCAAUUAUCGCCCUUCUUAAUCCAAAGCCACCUAGAGGCUUUCUCAGCUGCCUCACUGAUGUUCUUGGUGGCUUUCCUCUCUUGAGCCCCCCUUAUUCCAAGGAGCCUGAGUGCGCGGUGCAGGCUCUGUCCCGGGAAUCCUCUGCAUCCAACCUCAAUGGGCUCACAGCGGGCCCUCCACCCAUUAAGCCUGCAGUCCUCCACCAGUUCCAGGUAUUUAGCCUUUUUCCUCUCAUAGGCUACCUCGAUCCGGUCUUCCCAGGGUAUUGUCAGUUCCAGUAGCACCACCUGCUUCGAACUCUCUGAUGUUAAGACCAUGUCCGGCCUGAGUGUCGUGCUGGUGAUGUGCUCCGGAAACUUCAAUUGCCUCCCCAGGUCCACCUUCAACUGCCAGUCUCCCGCUGAGGAUAAAAGACCACCUGGGACCUUUGGCUGUGACUGUGGUUUCUCCCCAGCCCUGACGAACGUGAUGUUAUGCCUUGCUGGAGGCUGGUGCUUGCUUUGCUGGAUUCCAGCAUAGAUGGUGUCAGCUACUGCCUUCAGCACCUGGUCAUGGCGCCACCUGUACCUCCCCUCUCCCAGUGCUUUCGGGCAGCUGCUCAGGAUGUGCUCCAGCGUUCCUCUUGCGGGGCAGAGUGGACAUGAUGGUGUUUCUGCCAGCCCCCAGCAGUGCAGGUUAGAUGGACUUGGGAGGACAUCAUACACUGACUGGAUCAGGAACUUGAGUCUUGCUGGCUCUGACCUCCAAAGUUCUGACCAGGUGAUUUUCCGAGUCAGUGCAUGGUCCCAAUUGGUCCAAGCUCCUUGCUGGCGCAUGGCCACAGUCUUGCUGCGCCGCUCCUCCUCCACCUCUGCUCGGACCUCACCCUGGAUCAUCUGCCGCUUGUCUCUCCCCUGUGCUCUGUCGUAGUGUGGUGUUUUAUGGCAGCCGAGUCCCGCUCGCCCAACCGCCACAGAGCCUACUAGUGCACCAUGCCGCAACCUUGCCUCUGCCAGCUGGACUGCCUCCUGCGCUCGCCAUUUCCUUCCAGUCCUGACCUCGAUGCCUGCAGAGGAGACUCUGGUGUCGGAGGAGUCUCUGUACAGUAACACUUCCCUGGCUCUUGUUACUUUGAACUCCUCUGUCAGACUUGAGAAUGGGAGCUGCAGUUUGUUGGUGUGCCCAUAAAGUGCAA